AUGGUGCAGUUGAGGAAACGGGUUAAACUAGCUUUUUUCAAAUUUACAUUGGACUGUUGUGAACCCAGAAGACGCAACAUAACGUCUGAGGAUAUGAGAAAGUUCUGUAUCAGAUGUGGCAAACUACUACCCUUCGCAAUGUUUACCGAUGACAGCAAGAAAGCCCUUCUGACCUGCGACAAUUGCACAGUAAUUAAACCCAGCAAGGAUCCAGCAAUAUUAUACGAACCCUACGAACAAAUGUUGAAGGACCUUCGCAAAUCAGAAGCCCAAAUGGGCGCCUCUAAUGGCCUUGCUUUUAGAAUUGGUCCACGUGUUCUCCAUCAUCUCGUCAAUUCCAUCUGGCAUGGCAAGUCUGGUAUUUCAGAAUUUGACGAUUUAUUCCAAUUACGUUUACUACGAUUUCAAUCGGAUCUCGAAUGGUCUCCGUGGAAUUCAAUACUCCUCACCAAGAGGGAAGCCGCCAUUCAUCAAGCCAUGACGAAUCCUUGGGAAUUGUACGAUGCCAGUCUAGUUCAGAGGUUUGUGCUGAGGAAUCUACAAGCGAAAUUGUGUUUCGAUUCGUUAUUAAAAGUGAAAUAA